AUGAUCACCGGUUACCAAUUGGAUCUGACCAAAGUAUCAGUUCUAUCAUGUAAACUUAUUCAAUAUGUUACUAGUGUAUGUGUAGUUAUGUCACCUUAUUUUAUUGUACUUGCAUCCAUCGAUCGAUAUUGUGCGAGUUCAAGAAAUGUUCAACGACGAAAAUUCAGCAAAAUACGCGUAACUCGAUGGGCAUUAAUGUUUGUCGUUGUAUUAGUAGCAGUUUAUUAUAUUAACUAUCUGGUAUUAAUUGAUCUUCGAGAAGAUGAUUCUCUUGGAUGUGCCAUACGAGGUGAUACAAUUUACAAACAAGUAUAUUCAAUCACACAAGUUUUUGUUUUUGCCAUUAUUCCACCAUGUCUUAUGGGAUUUUUCGGUGGUAUGACUAUUUAUAAUAUGAAGCAUACACGUUUUCUUCCUAGAGCAGCUGUUCGUUAUCGUCGAACUGAAAAUCAACUUGGUCGAAUGCUUCUUGUUCAAGUUGGUACUUAUAUUGUACUUACCCUUCCCUUAUCCAUUUCAUAUUUAAUAUUAGUUUUGCCAAAUUCAUUUAAAGUCACGGCAAAAUUUCAAUUUAUUUAUUUAAUAUGUCAACUUUUCUUUUAUUUGUCUUGUGUUACAACUUUUAUCUUAUAUUUUUUUUCGGCUCAUACAUAUCGAAAUGAAUGUAUUCGAUUGAUAUGUCGAAUGGGUCAAAUUUAUCGUGAAACUCAUAUUCAUCUGCCAAGAAGUCAAAAUAGUAUUCAACCAAUGACUGCUACCUCGAAUAAUAUACUGGCUAUAGCAGCUAAUUCUACAAGACAUAAUGCGUCAAUUCAAAAACAUUAA